CCGGAAUUCGUCUUGCGGGACGGAAGCUGGGGGUGCGCCCCGACCCAGCACGGAUUGACCCGGAAGAACGGCCGUGCUGCUCCUCCGCUGGUCCCGGGGGCCCGGCCGGGGUUCUGCGAGGACCCCGGGAGGGUUGAAGGCUAAGCAUGGGGAAAAGCUGCAAGGUGGUCGUGUGUGGCCAGGCAUCUGUGGGCAAAACGUCAAUCCUGGAGCAGCUCCUGUACGGGAACCAUGUAGUAGGUUCUGAGAUGAUUGAGACGCAGGAAGACAUCUACGUGGGCUCCAUUGAGACCGACCGGGGGGUGCGGGAGCAGGUGCGUUUCUACGACACCCGGGGGCUCCGAGAUGGGGCCGAACUGCCCCGACACUGCUUCUCCUGCACUGACGGCUACGUCCUGGUCUACAGCACAGACAGCCGAGAGUCCUUUCAACGUGUGGAGCUGCUCAAGAAGGAAAUCGACAAAUCCAAGGACAAGAAGGAGGUCACCAUCGUGGUCCUCGGUAACAAGUGUGACCUGCAGGAGCAGCGGCGUGUGGACCCAGAUGUGGCUCAGCAUUGGGCCAAGUCGGAGAAGGUGAAGCUGUGGGAGGUAUCGGUGGCUGACCGCCGCUCCCUCCUGGAGCCCUUCGUCUACCUGGCCAGCAAGAUGACCCAGCCCCAAAGCAAGUCUGCCUUCCCCCUCAGCCGCAAGAACAAAGGCAGUGGCUCCUUGGAUGGCUGAGGAGCUGCCAUCCCUUCUUCACCUUCCCAGCCUCAGUCCAGCUUCUGAGGCUUUGGAAGAGGGGUUGAGGGGAAAGGGGACCCCCUGCUAGGCCUGGCAGCUGGGCUGUCCCAGGCUCGGGACACUUUUGUUUCCUCCCAACUCCGGGAAGUGCAAGUAAUCUAGGUUAGCACCCCCAACCUCUUUCUCCAUCCCUGCUUUCAUCAUAUCUGCCCUGCUGUGACCAGGGGCAGUUGUGAGUCAGUGUCCUUUCAACCCAUCCUGGAUGGGAAGCAUAGUUACCAUGCAGAAGUGCCCAGUCUAGGGUCUGGUUUCAGUCACAGGGGUCCCAUGUCUCUGAGCCUCUGUCGAUGACAUACACACACACACGUGCGUAUGGCAACAGCCUGGACUCUAGGGAAAGGGUGUCCAGGUAUCGCGUAUGUGUGUGCAUGCUGGUGUUAGGGGUGCCUCCUCAUCCAGCACCUUGACCUUCCUCUUGUCUCUACCUUGGCUGGAAGCCAGCCUCCUGGGAAGUGUGAUUUUCUAUUUGACCUCUUCCCCCAAUUGUUUCACUUCCUAUUCCUGCUCAGGGAGCAGAUGGGCCUUAUUAGUUGACGUGGAAUGGAAUGAUGACAGGGCUGUCGCCAGUGGGCUUUGUGACCCAGCAAGCCUUUUCCCUCUCUGGGCUUCAGUUUUCUCAUCUGUAAAGUGACAGGAGUUGCUUAGAUGAACUUCUAGAUCCUCUCCAGCCCUGUGAUUUCAUAAUGCUCAUGGCUUCGGGCCGGUUAUGACUACCGUUUGCUUCUCCCUCUUCCAAGGUGCUAUGCCUACCAGCCCUAGAGGCUGAAACACUGCUUUCCACCAACCACUAUGGGGCAGGAGUGCACUAUCUGCUCUAGUUGACAGAACGACUGCUCAGUGCCCAAUGGGGAACCUCACCCAUGGGGGCUGGUCUUCACCCCUUCCUGUGGUUGUUUCCAGCUAAGAGCUGGACUUUAUUUAUAAAUUACCUGUUAUAAAUUAGUAUGCUGCCAUGGUUAAGGCUGGACAAGGUGCUCCUCUAGCCCUUCUUACCUCAGAUGCCUGAACAGAACAAGGCAAACAAAUAGCUUCUCGGAAGCUGACGGAUCUGUUGGGGCUCAGAAGGGUGGUUACACUCUCACCAUGCUAUAAAGUGAGCUUAUGACCCACAACUUUCUGUGUCCGCUUUGUGCUGCUUCUCAUGGAGACAGCUACCAUAGGUGAGCCCUUAUAGCCAGGCGACCUCUAAUACAUGACUCUUCUCCCCCAAACAGGAGAAGUGAACGGGGGAAGGUGGCCCAGGAUAGGGUGAGUCAAGUUAGGGCGUAUACAGGCUCGGGCUUAAAGUUCAUUUAUUGAUGCAUCGGACACAAUAAAACCACAACUGUUAUCAAAAA